ACAAAAACCCAUCGAAUAAAUGGCAAAAAGCUUCCACUUUGCUAUCAGAAACUGCAAAUUCCAUGGUAUUCUUAUCCAAGGUACUAUCCUUUUCGCCUAAAUCCAUUUCAAGAUUCAUCUUUGCACACUCAUUUGCAAAUUCCUCAUUGCCAAAAUCACUAAUUUCUCGAAUUACAACUGCAUUUCACCAAGAAAACCCUAAAUUAAUUGACCCUGUAGUGUCAUCCAAAAUACAGUCUUGCCACCUUGAAUCAGUUAUUCAUGAGUUUCGGUCAAAACCCACUUCAGCAAUUAGAUUUUUUAAGUGGUCUGAGAAUUUUCUUGGGCUUAAUCACACACUUAAGUGUCAUUCUAUGCUCUGUCAUUUAUUGCUGAGUAAGCGUAUGUUCGAUGAUGCUAGAUGGGUUUUUGCUAAAAUGGCUGAAAAGUUUGGGGAAUUUGAUUGUUUGGCUGUUUUCGAUGAAGGGUUUAAGGUUUAUGGUGCUGAUAGAAGUACUGUUUAUAGCUUCUUGGUUGAUGGUUAUUGCAGAAUUGGGAGGAUCAAUCUGUCUGUUGAGUUGUUUUUUCGAAUGUGUAAAAUGGGGGUUUCAGUUUCACAUUAUGCAUUGUUGAAAAUGUUGAGCUCUUUGAUUGAUUUGAGGUGUUUGGAUCUUAUUCUAGAUGUGUACAAAGAAAUGGAAAACAGGUCCAAGGGAGAGCCAAAGAGGUGCUUUGAUGUGUAUGGCUUCGUGAUGAAUGGUUUUUUCAAGAAUGAAGAGGCUAGCAUUGGUUUAGAGUUUCACCGGAAAAUGAUUGAGAGAGAUGUAGGUCCAAGACCCAAUGUGGUGACGUUUAGCACAUUAAUUAAUGGGUAUUGUAAAGAGCAAAGAUUGGAAGAGGCAUUUAAGCUUUAUGUUUUGAUGAUAGGGAGGGGUAUAGAGCCUGACCUAAUUGUGUAUAGUAUUUUGAUCGAUGGACUAUUCAAGUUAGGGAAAUUCGAGGAGGGACAUCAGCUUCUCUCUACUGCAUUGGGAAAAGGAGUAAAAUUGGAUGUGGUAAUUUUUAGUUCCAUUAUUGAUGCUUGUGUUCGAGAUGGAGACGUAGAAAGGGGGGUUUUAGUGUUCAAAAAAAUGUUAAAGGAAGGGAUCUGCCCCACCCUGGUUACCUAUGGCAUACUUGUAAAUGGCAUGUGUCAAAUUGGACGCUUGCUUGAGGCUUUUGGUGUUUUAGGUCAGAUGCUAAAAAAUGGUGUUGAGCCAUCUCUUCUAGUUUAUAGUAGUCUAAUGGAUGGCCUCUGCAAGGCUGGGAAUUUGAAAGGUGGUAUUAACUUGUAUAGACAUAUAUUAAGGAGCGGCUUUAUUCCUGAUGUCAGAGUUUAUAGUGUGCUAGUAAAUGGUCUUAGCAAACAAGGACUGUUGGAUGAUGCUACAAGAUUAUUCUACCAAGCAGUAAAGAGUGGUUUAACUCCCAACAUAUAUUUGUUUAACACCUUACUUGAUGGUUGGUGUAGACUGAAUCAAUUAAAGAAGGUGGCUAACCUAUAUAGCCAAAUGGAUUCUUAUGGUGUAACCCCUGAUAUUGUGACUCAUACGACGCUUAGCAAAAGUCUCUCUCAACAAGGAAAAGUGCAUCUGAUGUUACUCUUUCUUUUCAAGAUGCUGAAAAUGGGUUUCUCUCCAGAUGUAGUGUCGUAUUGUACUUUAAUUGAUGGACUUUGCAAGCAUAACAAUCUGACUGCUGGCUUACAGGUUUUCUCCCUGAUGGUCAAAAAUGGAGUAAAUCCAGAUAUAGCGAUCUACAAUGUUCUCAUUCAUGCAUUUUUCAAUGAAGGCAGGUUGGGAAAUGCACUGGAGCUCUUCAGGCAGGUUUCUCGUUGUGGGCCAGAACCAGACAUUGUAACAUAUAACACUGUAAUUUAUGGGUACUGCUCAAUGAAAAUGUUGGAUGAGGCCAUUCAAGUUUUUGAAGAGCUGAAACUCAGACAAAUUAGAUUCAACUCAAUUACCCUUACUAUUCUAAUUGAUGCAUUUUGUAAAGAAGGAAGAUUGGAUAAUGCCAUGUCAUUAUUCUCUGCCAUGCUGGAAACAGGUCCUGCACCUAAUGUGGUUACUUACAGUUCUUUGCUAGAUGGCCUUUUUAAAUCUUUUCGCAUGGAAGAUGCUUUCAAGUUGUAUGGAAAAAUGCUUGGGAGCAAUGUCUCUCCAAAUAUUCUGAGUUAUAGCAUCCUAAUCGAUGGUCUUUGUAGAAGAGGACUUGUGCAAGAAGCAUCCAAAACCUUUUCUUCUGCUCUUAGCAAGGGUUUAUUGCCUGAUAUAGUAGCAUAUGGGAUUUUGAUUCGUGGAUACUGCAAAGUUGGUAGGUUAGUGGAAGCCCUGUGCUUGUAUAACCGCAUGCUUGGUGAUGGGAUUGUGCCAGAUAGUGUCAUAAACAUGACACUCAAAGAAUUUCAGCUUGAAAAUCUUCUCGGAAAAAGUACAUGUACUCCACUUCAGGAGUUAAACAGGAGUUAUUGUCUUGCUGGAAAGUUGUAAAAAGUCUAUUUUUUUAUCACUUAUGAUGGUAAAUUGUAAAUGUAUGUUUAUGUUGCUAUGUAUGAUAUGUACUGAAUACCCAUCACGUGUGCAGAUUUUGUGGUUGUAGUAUGGUACAGCAUUACAGAAAAGUAUACUUUCGGAUACUUUUGGUUAAUUCGCCACAGACAUUGGCUACAUCAUAUCUGAUAAACACGAUAUCAUUUACACCAA